GGAUACCGAGAUCAACAAACAUGGCGCUGCACGUACCACGAGCUCCGGGCUUUGCCCAAAUGAUGAAAGAAGGUGCUAAGCACUACAGUGGGUUGGAAGAGGCAGUCUACAGAAACAUUGAUGCAUGCAAGGAACUCGCACAGACUACAGUUUCUGCUUAUGGACCUCAUGGUCAAAAUAAGAUGGUUAUUAACCACUUAGAGAAGCUUUUCGUCACUAAUGAUGCUGCAACUAUCCUGAGAGAGCUAGAGGUAGAGCAUCCAGCUGCCAAAAUUCUGGUGAUGGCUUCACAACAGCAGGAACAAGAGUGCGGAGAUGGGACAAACUUUGUGCUCGGCUUUGCUGGAGCGCUUUUGGAGAAUGCUGAAGAACUGCUACGAAUGGGCUUGUCUGUUGCUGAAGUUACCGAGGGCUAUGAGCUGGCCUGCAAAAAGGUUUUGGAUAUUUUGCCAGAGCUGUCCAUUGGUACAGUCAAAGACAUGAGAAAUCUCAAGGAAGUGUUACCAGCCAUCCGCACAUCUGUCAUGAGCAAGCAGUAUGGCAACGAGGACUUCCUUGCUGAACUCAUAGCAAAAGCCUGCAUUUCCAUUCUUCCUGGAAAAGUCAGCUUCAAUGUAGAUAACAUUCGAGUCUGCAAAAUUCCAGGCUCAGGAAUCCUCCAGAGUGAAGUCAUCCAGGGCAUGAUGUUCAAGAGACAGGUGGAAGGGGACGUGACGAAAGCGGAGAAUGCCAAAGUUGUCGUCUAUUCCUGUCCUCUCGAUGCAAUGCAAACGGAAACUAAGGGCACUGUGUUGAUAAAGAAUGCAGAUGAAUUGCUGAACUUCAGUAAAGGUGAAGAAAACCAGAUGGAAGAGCAAAUCAAAGCGAUAGCAGAUGCUGGUGUCAAUGUGAUAGUGACUGGAGGGAAGGUCGGUGACCUCGCCCUUCAUUACGCCAACAAGUACAAGUUGAUGCUCGUCCGUCUCUUGUCCAAGUGGGAUCUCCGUCGUCUUUGUAAAUCUAUAGGAGCUACACCGUUGCCAAAGAUUACUGCACCAACUACUGAUGAGUGCGGAUACUGUGAUAGGGCAUAUGUUGAUGAGAUUGGAGAUACCCCUGUUGUUGUUUUCAAGCAAGACAAAAAGGAAAGCCCAAUCGCAACUGUUGUGAUCCGUGGUUCAACUGACAACAUCAUGGACGACAUCGAAAGAGCCAUUGAUGAUGGUGUCAACACUUUCAAAGCUCUCACAAAAGAUAACAGAAUUGUACCUGGAGCUGGUGCCACUGAGAUUGAACUGGCAACGCAAGUGGCCACAUUUGGAGAGAGCCUUCCUGGACUUGAGCAGUAUUCUGUCAAGAAGUACUCCGAGUCACUUGAAAUGGUCCCUAAAGCUUUAGCCAGAAAUGCUGGUGUAAAGGAAACCGAGGUUCUGGGCAAAUUGUAUGCUGCACAUCAUGAAAAGAAGGUCAACAUUGGUGUUGACAUUGAGGCUGAAGGGGCUGCCGUUGUAGAUGCUGCAGAAGCCAAUAUCAUUGACUUGUUCAUCACCAAGUACUGGGGACUUAAAUUUGCCACAUCUGCUGCCUGCACAGUUUUGAGAGUUGACCAGAUCAUCAUGGCCAAAAGAGCCGGGGGUCCUAAGGCAAAGCAGAACAAAGACUGGGAUGAAGACUGAGACUGGCAGGAACAAACUCUCUGAUCAUCAACACUGCAUCCAUUUCAUUAUGCUGUCCAUAGUCGUGCGAGGGAAGCGGAGAAGGAGGGGCGUGUUUGAUUCUUUUACGUGUUUGAAAAACCUUUUUUUUUUUCUCUCUGCUCUCUUGCAGUUUCAACAUUGGGGAUAGGGUGGGGGUUCGUUUUUAUUUCUUGCGUGAAACAAGCGCAUGUUUUAUGAUACACUAAUAUAGUCAGUUGCUUCAUCAGAUGCGCCACAAAGAUAUUCAGGGAAAUGUAUGUCUAUACAUAUAUAUAUACGUAAUUAUACAUGUGUGCAAAGUGGCCAUUGGACUGUUCAUUGAAGGCCUAGGCUUGUUAUCAGAGUCCUUUGUAAGUUGCAUGAACCACUAGUGAUGAACGAUCAAAACAAAUGAUAAAUUUUGUCUCCACUGCUAUUUGCAUUGACAGUGUGUACAAACACAAGUGAUUGGAGUUUUUGUGUGCAGGGUCAUGUCAGUUUUCUCAAGUUAAACGGUGCGUGAGAGACGUCGGUCUUCCAUGCCCUAUUGCUAGAGAGCUCUCUGUGAAUGCUGCAUGUAAAAAGAUAAAGUACGUUGGCUGAGUACACACAAGGGUGUAUGGGUUUACGAUAGUGUUAGCGUUAGUGCACUUUCAGGCGCGUUAGGACUUAACGUUGAUUGUGGAUGGAGGAAGUGGAUCACAUUGUACAUUGUGUGCUGUUGCUUCUUGUGUAGAUGUGUUUACAGUAUGCUUGGUAUGGUUGAAUGCCCGAAAUCUUUUCUCAUUAUAAUGCUGAUGCUACUUACUGAAAGUGCUACAAAUUGUUCAAAUUUUGUUUUAGUGCUAAAAAAAAAGUAUUCUAUGAGGGUGGGGUUGGGGGGUGUCUCAUUCGAGUUUGCUUAAUCCAUAUCGUUUCUAUUUCGAAAGCAGUGGAGUGUGGCUAGGUGUCUGUCUGAAAUUCUUGUUCAUGGCAGUAUUUUUGUCCUUAUGCGUUGGCAUUAUUUAUUUCAAAACAUAUUUACGGCUGUUUGUUUUGCUUGUUCGCAUUUUAUUUUAUUUUUUCCCUAGGUCUUUGAAAGAUUGAAAUAAAAGUUUUUUUAAAUUUUA